CUUCCUCGUUGUCCUGUAGCUUAUGGGAGAAAGAGCAAAACCCAAACCCAAACCCAAACCCCAACCCCAACCCCAACCCUUUAAUCCUUUAAAUACCACCACAGUUCACAACUUCCGACUUGGAACUCUUUUCGAUUUCUCUUAUCGAUUUCCUUCUCCUGCAUUACAUCUCUAAUCUAGAGAUUAAGAGGGAGACGAAGAACAGGAAGAGCAGAGAUGUCAGAUUGGGGACCAGUGUUCGUGGCUGUUGUUCUGUUCGUGCUGUUAUCGCCGGGUCUGCUAAUUCAGGUUCCAGGUCGGAACCGUUUCAUCGAGUUCGGCAACUUCCAGACUAGUGGGGUAUCGAUUCUGGUUCACUCCAUUCUCUACUUCGCUCUCAUCUGCAUCUUCUUGCUUGCUGUUGGAGUUCAUGUUUACCUUGGUUGACGAUGAUCAACAUAAAUUCCCUCCUUGUCUAGGGUUUAUGAGUUGCUUCGCUUCCGUUCAUACCCUGCUCAUUUUGUUAGUUUUAUAUCUCUGUUGUUCUUUGUGCCAUCAAUAAAAUUCUUAUUUGAGUGACAUGUUAUCAUAAAUAAUUUUAGUUUUUAUUUUAUUGA